AUGGUUUAUAACAUGGACCUUUCAAGCAAUAAACUUGUUGGAAAAACACUGGUCGAGCUAACUACACUGAUCAAGUUGGUGGGUCUCAACUUGUCUAACAAUCAUCUCAGUGGGGGUAUUCCACACAAAAAUGGAAACAUGAUGAAGUUAGAAUCUCUCAAUUUAUCUCGAAACAAGUUGACUGGGAUGAUCCCUCGGAGGAAUAGAGAUCCCUAUGGACCUCCAUUGACCAACAAUUCCUCAAAGUUAGGAGAAGGUCCAACACCAACAAUAAGAAGCAAGAAGAAAUACAGAGCAGCUAAUGAGAAGAUGAAGGUAUGGUUGUUUUAUGUGUACACAAUUUGUGGAUUUGCAAUAGGGUUUUGGGGUGUUAUUUGGGUCUUGUUGUUCAAGAAGCAGUGUAGACAGAAGCUUUUCAUGUUUGCUGAGAAAACCAUGGACAAUAUUUAUGUUGCAGUCCUGAUAAGAGUUAACAAGAUCAAGAGAGGAAGACAAGCCUCAUAG